CAGGGCCUCCGAAAAUAGCAUUGUCAAUAACAUUAUUUCAGAAAAUAACAAUAAAUUACGCAUUUCGGCGGGUUCAGCCAUCUACCGUGAUAAUUUAUUGAUGUGCUUUGUGAUAUUACAUAAUUUAUGACAGUUACCUUUAUAUAAUAAUGUUAGCGUUUUACCAGCCAUCUUCUCGCUUCCAGUCGUUCAGAAGAACUGGAAUCACUGGUUGUCUGCGUUGCUAGUUGCAGCUCAUUUGGCAGCGCUCACUUUUCAAUUUUCACUUCUCAAGCCUCCAAGACCUCAUCCAGCAUGGUUCGCGCUAUCCGCCCCCCUCGCCCUACCUACACGAACUCCCAAGUCUCGGGGUUUUACUUCCGCCCGUGUCGCGACGAGAACGACGAGGUGAUUCUCGAGUAUUUCCGUUGCCGUUGCGGCACGGUUCGGAAGCAAACCCAUAGGAACGGGUACUCCAACCUGAUGCAACAUAUCAGGCGGGAGCACCCUGACUACGAGACCGUCAUGCUCGACGCUACGACGGCGGAGACAGUCUCCCUCGUGAACUUCGUCCGCCACUCGGCGCUCAACCUCCACGGCUGGAUGGUUUGGAUUGUCAUGUGCAACCUGCCACUCUCUUUUUGUGAGAGCCGAGAAGCUCGGCGGUACGUGUAUGCAUAAGGUCAUUGUGUUUACAUUACUACGGAAACUAACAACUUUACUUUAUGGAUGUUAUUCAGCUACUCCAGCCUGGACCCCAUCUCGGAGGAAACGCUGCGGGCUGGCAUGGACGGGGUCGUCGUCGCCGUCGAGCGUUCGAUUGCGUCGGAGCUCCCAGCACGCUUCGGCAUCAUGCUCGACGGCUGGACACACGCAUCUGAGCACUACAUCGCCGUGUUCGCGUGCUAUGAGGUGAACGGCUGUCCCAAGACAACGCUACUCAGCAUGGCCCCGCUGCUGGACGCGCUGGACGACGAUCUCUCCGCGCAGGGUCAUCUCGAGUUUCUAGCGACCAUGCUGCCGCGCGAUUACGGCGUACAGCUGGUGCAGUGUCGCUUCCUCGUAGCUGACAACUGCGCCGUAAACCGGCGGCUGGCAACUCUUAUGAGUGUGCCGCUUGUUGGUUGCGCAAGCCACCGCCUGAACCUUGCUGUUCAGGCGGGCAUGGCGUCGCAUGAGGAGGACCUGGCUGCUGACACGCGCUGGAGCUCUACGUUCGAGAUGGUACGGCGCUACCUCCAGCUCCUCGAGUUUCUUGACGCCGAAGACGACGACCUCAUGGACCUGCUGCCGCCGCCGGCGAUGAACAAGCGACUGCGGGCAUUGUACGAGGAGCUGUGCGACAUCGAGUCGGUCUCGAAGGCCCUUCAAGGCCACGACGUCGACCUGCUGGACGUUCGCGAGUGGUUCGACGAGCUGAUCGCUGUCAAGCCACAAUAUGGGCGCUACAUUGGUAAGUUUAUAACUGUUGAAUUUGUGUUUAAUAUUUUCACUAACAAUUGUAUAAUGGUUUUUAUUUUGCAGGGCCUCGGGCCAACAUUGUGCACAACCCAGAUUUUGAGGCUGGGUGUGUACGCGUUCUCCGCGGGAAGGCGCAGCGGCUGACGCGUGCUGAAAAGGCCGCUUUGCAGCCCUUCGAAGCUGCCAGACCGGACGACGCGGCCGCGAGUGAAGAGGAGGAGGAUCCAGCCGCGUCGUUCGUGGAGCGUCUUCGGAAGCCCCGGCGGCUUGCACAGGACCGUGUCAAGUAUGAGCAGCUGAAGAGCAUCCCACCCACGUCGAACGUGGUGGAACGCUUCUUCAGCAUUGCUCGGGUGACGUUUGGUCAUCAACGAGACGGCCUGCUGCCACGCACGCUUGAGACGAUUUUGUUUCUCCGCCAGAAUCGGUCGUACUGGGAUACAACGACUGUGGACAAUUUGAGCUAGAUGAUAAGCUAACUGGUGUCUUGUUAAUAGACUUCAUGCUUUUCAUAAUGGCAUUAUUUAUUGUGGUACGUUGGGGGCAAUGCCAUAUUGUACUGUUGUAUUGGUAGGAGCGUCAGGGGAUAAUUUAUUCAGCAACGCCCAACCUACUAAAUAAAAAUGCCAUAUUCGGAGGCCCUG